ACAUUGUUUUCUACUUAGUCGAUGUUUUCAAUAUUUGUUCGUGACAAUUCGGUUUACAUACAUCGUAGUAUAUUAUAUGUUUUUUAGAAUAUUAGAUUCCGGGUUUUUACUCUGAAAAUUCAAAAAAAUAAUUCCUACAAUUUUCUGUAUGAACAGUGAAUUGUUAUAUCUUAUUAUUAUAAACAACUUUCCUAAAAAUUAGCUCGCCAGUUUUAUAAUCCCUGUCUUUUGACAUCUGUCAAGUUAGGAGGGCGUAUUCGUAUUCAUUGCCAAGGAAUUUUCUUCAACGUUCAAUUCGGUGAAAUUGUUCGCAAAAUCAGACUUUUUGUACUUGAAGUGCCUUGUUCAAAAUUUUAAGUGCUAAAUACAUAUUCCAAGUAAUAUUUUAAUUUCCAGACAAAUAACGGAGGUUCUGGUGGUAUCCGACCAAAUUCAGCCUCGACGCAACCAUUUGGCGGCGGGGGAGGCGGUUUAAAUAGUAAAGGGUGCGGAGGCGGUCCAAUGGCCACCCAGCACCAAACUGCCGGUGUUUACCGCGGCCAAUGGAGCAGUGUCGGUGCUGGUCACCAACAUCAACAUCAAGCCGCCGCUCCUACUGGACACACUUAUUAUCAAAGGUACACAGCAGUACAACCGGCGCAAGUACAGGCUCAGCUCCAAUCGCCGGCACAAAAUUCCUACACGCCUAGUAGUACUACCAACACUAGCAAUUACAACAAUUCAAAUUCUUACACAAAUCAAAGAGUGCCAACUGCGACCUCUCCAUCAAAUGCCAGUAGCUCCAGUAGUCAUACAGGUAGCCAAAGCGGCAACGUGUCUACAUCUCUUAGCAACAAUAUGCCCAACAAUACCAAUUCGUCAUCUAACAACUCCUCGUCUGGAUCUGAGCAGCUUUCGAAGACUAAUCUUUACAUCAGGGGCCUAAAUCCCGGAACUACUGACAAAGAUUUAGUUAAUAUGUGUCAACAAUUUGGCACAAUCAUAUCCACCAAAGCGAUUUUAGAUAAAAAUACUAACAAAUGUAAAGGUUAUGGUUUCGUAGAUUUUGAGAGUCCUGCCGCAGCCGAAGGCGCAGUGAAAGCUCUUACUGCUAAAAACAUUCAGGCUCAAAUGGCGAAAGUGGGUAUUUGGUAUCAACACCGUAGAAAAGCCACUCAACAGGAGCAAGAUCCCACAAAUUUGUACAUAGCUAACUUGCCGCCGAAUUUUAAGGAAUCGGAUUUGGACCAAAUGUUAUCCAAAUGUGGACAAGUGAUAUCAACUCGCAUACUUCGAGAUGCUUCAGGAAUAUCUAAGGGAGUUGGUUUUGCUAGGAUGGAAAGCAAAGAGAAGUGUGAAUAUAUAAUACAAAACUUCAAUGGUAAAAUUCUUACUGGUAGCAAAGAGGCACUCUUGGUUAAAUUCGCAGAUGGGGGUAACAAAAAGAAGAAUAUGUAUAAGAAUAAUGAUACUAAAAUUUGGCGUGACGGAUCUGAAAGUUUAACUGCUGUACCAUAUGAUCCAUCAACACUCGCGCAAAAUGGAGUAGCAGGACAGCAUUUGAUGCCAGCUUUGGCGAACUACAGGCAUUACAAUCAGUAUCCUUCAUAUACUGGACAAUGGCCUGUUCAAUAUUUGAUGGCACCACCGGUGCAAGCAAUAGAUGAAACCUACAAUUUGUCAGGGCAUAUGGCAGCUCAAUAUAAAAACGACGGGCAACACCCACGAGGAAUUCCUCUUAUGAUGCCAUCUACAGAGACAACUGUUCCUUAUGCUAAUAUUAUACCUCAGCUCGCUACGCAAAUGGGAGCAAUGCAAAUUAGUACUGGAUCAUACAUUUCACCACAAUAUCAAUAUUAUCCGUCGACGAUAUUGCACGCUGUUCCUGUCGACUCUGAACACACUUCGAACGCAGCAAGUCCAGAGGAUCCUUAUCAAGCGUACCAAGGGCCCCCCAAGUAAUUUCUGUGUAAUAAUUAUUUUGGACGUAUUAAAAGAUACCCUUUUUAAAAGUUGCCGCAAGCUUUUUUAAGUUGAAAAUAAUGAUGUCGGCAUUGCAAUUGUCAAAUUUAAAGCUAGCAUAGGUAAUUUAUGAAUUUUAGAGUUUUGGCAAUUUUUAAAUUGGUCUGAAAGGUCGGAUUUAGAAACGACGACCAAUUGGUUAUUUUGCUGCUGAACGAUUUGUCUUAUUUUUUUUUUAUAAAAUACGAUUACAUGAUACAAAAAAAGGACUGAACUAUGUGUAAAGUAGAUAUUUUUGAUACAGUAUGUUCCUAGUUUGACAACUAAAAUUGUAUUAAAAAUAUGUCUUCUGAACUUUGUCUGUGUAGGGAAAUGCGCCUGAAUUUACAAGAAAAUGAUGUAGUUGCUUCAACGAUUCACCAAAUAUCACUUAUUAAGUACUUAAUGUACGUUACGCGCAUGACUGAUUUAUUUUUUUUUCUACUGAGUCGGUACUUAUUUUUUUACAAUAAUAUAUUAUUUCCUUUAACUCGACUAUAAGAAUAAUUGCGUAAGGAUUGGUACACUAUUGAAAAUAACAUUUUUAUUAUAUUUUCAAAUAAAAUCUAACAUUCUAACAAAGUUACCAAAUGUUCUUGAAAGUGUAAACAAAUAAUCUAAAUAUAUUUUCUUUAAUGUUGAAUUGUUUAUUUGAAAAAAUGUUUUCAAUUUCAUUUUAGUUGCCAAUAUUAUAUAUAGAAUUUUUAUAGAUUUAUUUGAUUUUAGAUCUCUUUUAAUAUAAAAUCAGUUUUAUUUUAUAUGAAAAGAGACCUAAAUCAAGAUAAAUCAUUAUGAAAAGAAUGUUUCAUACAUAGUUGUCUUUUGUUCUAUAUUUUAAUUGGUAAAUAUUUAAGACAGUUUGUUUCUAUAGUCAUCAAGUUUAUAAUGAUUUUAUGAUUUACUUUUACACAUCAUUAUUAUUCUCAUUUUCUUUACUUAACUGAUAUGUAAUGCAAAACAUUUAAAAAAAAAUUGAGAUCAAAUUUUGCUUGCAGAUUCAGUAGAAUUUUCAAGUUAUUAUCGAAUUGUUUCACAAAGAAGUAGAACUAUCUGGCAGGUAUUUUGUUUCAGUUCCAUUGAAAGCUUAGUACACAACAUAAAGAUUAAAAAAAUGAACGUUUGCAAUUUUAUGUUUGUUACCAAUUAUUUAUUUACUUUGGUAUAAAUGAAAAUUAAGUAUAUACGUCCAUAGUAUAUUUAAAAAUAGACAUAUUUCAACAAGAGUGUUGGAAAUAUCUUAAAUAUUAUGUAUACUACGAUAUAGUAUGAACUUGUUUUGCUUUUUUCUUAUAUGGAAAAUUUAGUGGUCUUUGAGGCAGUGUUUCGUAGCAUAUUUUAAAAUUAACAUCAAUUGUAUAUAUUGUUUCGUAAAUGGAGUAUUUUCUUGCGCAGAUCCAAUUUUCCAAAAUGUAGGUGAAAACUAGAAUAGUAAUUAUAUAGUUUUAAACAUGUAAAAAGUAAUAUUGAAAGAAAGAAAAA